AUGAUUGAUCAGUUUAAAUUUGAGAAUGGCUUUAGCAUAAUUAGUUCUAGACGCUUGAAAAGGUAUAUGGAACGUAGGAAGUAGACUAGAUGUAAAGCUGACGCAAGUAAUAGUACUAGGGUUCUGGGCUAGAACUAGGAUUAGCACCAGGGUUAAGGGUAGAGCUAAGCCUAAGGCCAUUUUUAGAGCUAAAGCUAGGAAUGGAGCUAGGACGAGAAAGAAGGCUAAGGAUAGGACUAGAGUUAGAGCUAGAACUAGAGCUAAGCCUAAAACCAGAUCUAGAGCUAAGCCUAGUGCCAGAUCCAAAGCUAAGUCUAGGGCCAGAUCCAGAUUGAAGCCUAAGGUCAGAUCUAGAACUAAACCUAGGGCCAGUUCUAGAGCUAAGCCUAAAACCAGAUCUAGAGCUAAGCCUAGUGCCAGAUCCAAAGCUAAGUCUAGGGCCAGAUCCAGAUUGAAGCCUAAGGUCAGAUCUAAAACUAAACCUAGAGCCAGUUCUAGAGCUAAGCCUAAAACCAGAUCUAGAGCUAAGCCUAGUGCCAGAUCCAAAGCUAAGCCUAGGGCCAGAUCUAGGUUGAAGCCUAAGGCCAGAUCUAGAGCUAAGCCUAAAACCAGUUCUAGAACUAAGUUUGAGGUUAGAUCUGGAGCUAAGCCUAAGGCUAGUACACUGGGCUAA